AUGGCAGAAGUUGGUCGCAAACGCGCGCUGGACGGCGACGGCCCUGUCGCGCCUCGCAAGAAGCUUCGACCCUCGGAGCUGCCGCUGUCGCAGGCGCAGCGAACGGCCAUCGACAACUUGGCGCAUACUUUCCGCAAAAAGGGCCACUAUGACAGCAUCCGCAAGGACCUGUUGGCGCAGUUCGAGGCCAGUCCUGCGAAAGCGGACCUUCUCGCCGCCCUAGAGGAACUCGUCGACCGCGAGACCGACCGCAAUCCCUCGUUGCUCUCAAAGGACCCCAGAGUCGCCGCCACACUGAUUGAAGGUGCCGGUGAGCGCAGCGAUAUCUACGGCAAAAUCACGCAGACCGUGAGCACACUGCUCGACAAGUUGAUCCAGGAGCAAGGCCUGCCGAAGAUGCGCGAACACCGCAUCCAGGAAGUUGGUGCUGAAGCUGCAGCCGAGGAGGAGAGGCGUGGGAAAAAGACAGAAGAACAAUGGCAAGCAGAGGCUGAUGCUCGCCGAGCUGCGAGAGAGUCAAAGCUGGAACAGGAACGUGAGAAGGAGCGCGAGCGAGAGCGGGCAGAGAAAGCGAAGAAGGAGGAGCGAAAGCGCCGCCAAAAAGAAGAAGAGGAAGCUCGUGAGAGGAAACGUCACGAAGAGAAGGAGGAGAGGCGCAAAGCGCGUGAAGCGCAGCAGAAAGAGGACGAAGACCGUCGACGAAAGAAGAGGGAACGUCUUGAGAAAGAGGAGGAGGAAGAGCGCCUGCGUCUUAAGAAGGAGAGGGAAGAACACGAAGCGACCCGUGAGGAGCGCCUCAGGAAAAUUCGAGAAGAAGACCGUGAGCGCGAGAAGCGAAUCGAGGCUGAAUAUGCCCAGAGCCGUUCGGGACGCAGUCGAGGUGGUCGCGCGCGCAGCAGGAGUCGCAGUCGAGAUCGGGAUCGAGGUCGAGACAAAGACAGAGGAGACCGUGAACGGGAUCGCGACCGAGAGAGACGCCGCAGCAGAAGUCGCAGCAGAUCACGCGAACCCACAAGAUCGGUCAAGCCUGAGGAUAUCAAAGUGGAUGAUGAUCUGGCGCUGCAAUUACUGCUACAAGAGAGUGAAGAAAUGAAGAAGGCACGACAACGACCUGCACUCGACAGAUCUGAGUCGCUCGAACCACCUCUCAAGAAAGCGCAGCCUCCACGAGCACUGGUCCCGCGAGAUCCAGUCGCUGCGAGACUUGCAAGGCUGGAGAGCAAACCGCAAUCUCCAGUCACCAAAUCUCCAAGCAAAGAGCCUCCAACACCGACGACGCCUGCGCCUGUGCCUGCAAGCAAGGACGAGGACACACCCAUGGAAGAUGCACCACCGCUCGAUGAGUCAGCAAAAUCAAGAUGGGAUCGACCUCCACCCAUGAAGCCCGAGAAGUCUCGAGGCCGCUCACGGUCACAUAGCAUAGCUCACAGCGCCAUAGCCAGGAAGCGUAGCAGGACUCGCUCGCGAUCGCGCGGUAGCCGCUACGACAGACGAGCUUCUAACGCUGAGGACGAUCACCGGUCUCGGCGCGACGACAGACGUUCACAGCGACCCCGUGAUGAUAGUAGAACACGAGAUCGAGAUGAUCGAGAGCACAGACGGCGCAGCCGGUCCAGAGACGCCCACGCCAGUCGCCGCAAGUCUCGAGUGUCACGCAGUCCUGAACGGCGCAGUGACCGCGAUCGCAAUCGGCGAGCCUCUCGAUCACGAUCUCGAGACACGCAACGAGCUCGCGAACGUUCUCCAGCUCGAAACCGUCGCCACCGUUCACGCUCAAGGAGUGCCGAGAUCAUUGACAGAUAUGUCCCUCGAGGUGGUGAGAAGCGUGAUGAAAGCAACGAACGCAAACGUGAGGAUAGCCGUGAUCGAAAGCGGAGCGAUAGUCGCGACCGCAAGCGCGACUCCCGCCGCCACGAUGAUAGCCGUGAUCAUCCACGCGGCUAUAGGUCUCGCGAGUACGACCGCUGGGAAGCGCGGGAUAGUGGCGCACGGGAGAACCGAGACUCGCGAAAUACUAGAGAUACCGCAGAGCGGGGGAGCCGAUUCCAAGACUCAGACCGCUACGUGCCUGGAGGAGCUGGCGCUGAUGAUAAAACUGCUGAACGUGAAACGAAGCGCGACCGCAAAGAGAAAGAGAAGAGUAGGAGCAGGAGCAGGAGCAGAGACAGGGAUAGGGAUCGAAAUCGAGACCGUGAUCGAGAGAGGGACAGGGACAGAGAUACGAGACGGCGUCGCAGCCGCUCAAGGAGUCGUGAGCGCGGAAACCGACGACGUCAGUAA